AUGAACUAUGGAGCAUCUCUGGGUGGAGUCAGCGGCUUAUCUUUCGAUAAGUACAUUGAAAGUCAAGCUUACGGUGAUUCUUCGACCCUUGAGAAAUUUCAGCAUCAAUUUUACGUCGCCAAAGAAGCUGUGACUCGGAAAUUGAACCGGAGUAAAAGCGACAAGGAUGUGACGGCGUCAGAUUCCGAACUUGACAUGAAGCUAGAACUCUUCAGAAGCAUUCAAGUGUCAUCGGUAGAGCUCCACAAAGCCGUUCUUUUGUAUCAACAGACGGUAUGCCACCUUGCUCAGGCACAGAACUCACUCGGUAGAUUUUUGAAGGAAGUGGGAAAAUCAGAAAAAGCGUACCCCGGAAAAGUGAUGUUCUCCGUUGGGAAAGUUAUGUCAUACUCAGCUUACUAUGCAUUAGCGAUUAAAGAGCCAAUCGAUCGGUUGCAACAAGAAAUAGAGACCUACCGGUUGCGUGCAGUCCAGGAUUGCUUGCGCACAGUGCUGAAAACGGAGAAGAAUCGUCAAGAGUAUCGUGGGAUGCUGAUUUGGAUGAAGGAAAUUUCCGAGGAAUUGAAUCCUGAUGCAUAUAAACAAUUGGAAAAGUUUCGGAAAGUCCAGCAUCAAGUUCGAUCGAGCAAGCAACGGUUCGACAAGGACAAACUGGAUUGUAUGCAGAAGGUUGACUUGCUUGCUGCCUCAAGAUGCAACAUGUUUUCGCACGCGUUGCAGCUAUACCAAGAAAAUGUCACCACUUACUGGAACAAAACGGAUAAAGCUUGUGAAGCCGCUUUAACCGCAAUCAAUUCCAAUAACUUCGCGAAAGAUAACUUGGACGCAAAAGGCGCGGAUUCGAAUAUUUCUUUGGAUUUGGAGAAAAGUUCUGAUAUUGUGCUUGACAACAGCGAAGCUCUCAUUGACGUUGACCUUACUGACGCUCAGUUGAAAGAGGAUUUGCUUGGCGAGCUUGAAAUUGCGAAAGAAGCCACCGAGGAUUUGGAUGAGCUAUUCAAAAAGUUUUCCGAAAGUAGGCUAGGUGAGCGUGAAGCUCGGAAUGAACCAGUUGAUUGCCAGCUCGACGAUGUUCUCGGCUUGACAGAACUGACUCUCUUUGGGGCGUGCGAUAACAUAGUUUCAGACGACAUUCGUUCAAUCUUCGAGACUGUUUCUGGCGACCUGCUGACUGGCAAUGACGGGAUGAGUGGCUUCUUGCCUAGUCAGCUCUUGGAGCAAAACAAGACUGAACCUUCGGAUUGGAUUAGCCAAAGACUCAAUCUAGAAAACCCCGCUGCGGGAGACUCAAAGCCAGAAUCGAAGCCCACUUCGUGGUUGAACGCUUUUGCCGAACUCGAUCCACUCGGGAAAGAAUCGAAAAAUAUUCUUGGCGAACAAGCUUGA